CUCCGACAUUUGAAUUUAACCUGGUAGAAUUUGCCGGAAAAGUUUCACCAGAAAGAUGAGCAAGGAACAGCCACGUCGGCCCCAACCAGAGUCGGUGAAGUAUGGCGACGUCUUCGAAGUCUCCGGCGACCUCGCCAACAAGCCAAUCGCGCCGCAAGAUGCUGCCAUGAUGCAGAGUGCUGAAACCAGAGUUAUUGGGCGGACGCAGAAGGGCGGACCGGCUGCCGUCAUGGAGUCGGCAGCGAUGGUCAACGAGAGAGCUGGUGUUGUUGGCCAUGGCGAUGUCACGGACGUCGCCGGAGACAGGGGUGUCGCCGUCACCGCCACCAACUACCCCGGUGCCCGCAUUGUUACGGAGGCAGUUGCCGGACAGGUUGUAGGGCGAAACUACCAGCCUACGCCAGUACAGAAAAACCCGGCGGCAGCCUCUGUCGAGGCUCAGAUGACCAUAGGCGAGGCACUGGAAGCCGCGGCUUACACAGCCGGUGACAGGCCGGUGGACCAGAGCGACGCCGCUGCCAUCCAGGCAGCAGAGGUGAGAGCCACUGGCACAAACGUUAUAACCCCUGGCGGAGUAGCGGCUUUGGCACAGUCGGCGGCUUCCAUCAACGCCAGUCUGAACCGUGAGGAGGACAAGAUCAAGCUCACCGAUGUUCUCCGGGGUGCAAUUGAGAGGCUGCCGGCGGACAAGGCGGCGACGAGGGAGGAUGCGGAGGGGGUGGUGAGUGCGGAGGUGAGGAACAAACCCGACUUGACGACGCGUCCCGGCGGAGUGGCUGCGUCGGUGGCGGCAGCCGCCAGACUGAAUAAAGGUGGAGCUAUCUGAACUAAUCAUGAGAAGGGUUUUCUGGGGAAGUAUCUAUUACGUAGACGAAGAUAAUAAUGUUGUGUUUAUGGUUACGGCUCUUGUAUGGUUCAGCCUGCGAGGAGCGUGAAGAGAGGCCGGACAUUGUGUUCUUUUUCCCUUUUUUUGUCCUUCGGGAAGGAUGUAAAACAAAAUAAACAAAUAAAGGCUGGUUGUUGCUGCCACACA